AGUUCCUGGCCACAAGGAGGUGGAGAAGGGGAGGUCCUGCCCCGACUCAGUUCUCCACAUGAGAAGACCCAGGGAAUGUGGGUCACUUUAUCCUGAUUCUCUCCAGACUCCUGAGCACCCAGGGCUCUGCUGGUCUCACUUCCUGGAGGAAUUCUGGACAUGACUUGGAUCCUGUUUCUGCUGCUGCCUGCAGCCUGCCUGCAAGCUGGUAACUCAGCAGGAUCCAUCCGUGUAAAAACCUUUGGUGUCAACCAACCAGCACGCCUCUCUGGUGUCCAGGGCAGCUCCAUCGAGAUCCCCUUCUCCUUCUACUUCCCCUGGGAGUUGGCAAAGGAUCCACAGAUGAGGAUUCUCUGGAGAUGGAAGGUCUUCCACGGGGAAUUUAUUUACAACUCCUCCUCGGGUUUCAUCCAUGAGUAUUUCAAGGACCGGCUCAUCCUGAACUGGACACAGCCUCAGACAUUCGGAGUCCUCAGAAUCCUGGACCUGAAGGAGAAGGACCAGACAGUGUACUUCUGCCGAGUUUAUCUGAAAACGAUAAAACGCAUAGAGGCUGUGCAGUCUAUUGAAGGGACCCACCUCACCGUCAUUCCUGGUGAGCCACCCUGGCUCAGGCUUUGA